AUGGCUUCCGCCGCUGCUACACAGGCAUGCGAUCUGCUGAAGGCUGCAUUUCCUGGGCAGGUCACAACCCUUGCCGAUGGGCCAGAGUAUGAGUCCAAACGAGACCAGCCAUGGUCUCAGACCUGUUGGGUGCCAUCUACCGCUUUCGUCGCCCUGAAUAGUGCCGGUGAAGUUGCCUCCGCGCUUGCAAUCAUCAAGAAAACAGGUUGCAAAUUCGCAAUCCGAUCCAGCGGCCAUAACCCCAACGUUGGCUUCAGCAGUGUUGACGACUCAGGAGUGGUAUUCGACCUGCGCGGACUGAACGAGAAAACCUUGGAUAGCGACGGUGUCCUGCAUGCUGGACCUGGAAACACGUGGGGAGAAGUUUACCAAUACCUUCAGGGGAAGGGACUUUCGCCUACCGGUGGUCGAGAGGUCCAAGUCGGACUUGGGGGCUUCCUCACUGGAGGCGGUUAUCCCCCUUUCCCCAGCCUCCACGGAACUGGACCGGACAAUGUUAAGGGGUUCGAGAUUGUUCUGGCCGAUGGAAAUAUUGUUGAAGCUAACGCCAGUAUCAACGAGAGCUUGUGGCGUGCCAUUAAAGGCGGCACCUCCAACUUCGGCAUUGUCACUCGUUUCGACAUUGAGACACACCCAUUGAUCAAGGCCCAGUUCACCAUUGACAUGUAUGACCCGUCUGACUAUAUGAACAUCAAUGCGGCAACUCUCUCUGUACAGGACGAGAUGGAAAAGGACCCUAAGCUCAACCUAUUCACUAACUACAAUAUGGGUUUUGUCGCCGUAUUCCAAUUGUACGCGGACUGCCCCACGGAACGACCUAAGGCUUUCGAAGUGUUGGAAAAUCUCCCGAGCAAGAUUAACACGCCUUUGCCAAAAACCGACGGUACCGUUCUUUCCUUCGUUGAAACACUUAGCAAGAUGGGUCAUGUGCCCUUUUCCCUCAAUCGUAAGAUUGCUACCCUCACCACCAAGCUUUCUCAGGAGCUGUACGACGACGUAUAUAAGCUUUGGCAAGGGAUCUCAAAGAAAAUACCAGACGGGGCCAUGCUUCAUUACACUAUCCAGCCUCUGUCGACGCAUGCUGUUCAAGCGGGGGAGCACAGGGGAGCAAAUAUGCUGGGAUUGAAGAAGAUCCCACAGACUUGUAAGCGCCUUACCAGAUGGCUCAUUUUUGUCUACUUAAUCUUAACUUAUCUUAACUUCACAGGGUGGGUGUUUACUGCCGAAUGGCCAAAGGAUCUUGAAAAAGGCUCAGCUGUAGUAGAAGCUCAUGAGGAGCUACUUCAGGGCGUGGAAAAGAUGGCCCGGGACAAGGGUAUACUCCUCGACUACCUGUGCCCGAGUUUUGCCGGGGCCUCGCAGAAGGUGAUGCGUAGCUUUGGAGGACCAAAUCUACAGAGGAUUCAGGAUAUAGCAGCGAACUAUGACCCUGAUGGAGUGUUCCAGAAGUUACAGAAUGACGGCUUCCUGCUCAGGUAUGCUUAA